AUGAGUUCUGGCUGGAAUUUCAAAUUUAAUCGAAAAUAUGGUCAAAGAAAAAAAGGGGAGGCACUGAAUCAUAUUAACAUAUUUAACAAUGUGGACAUCCAAAAUUUUAUAGAAAAAAAUGGAAAGUUGAGGGAUGGAUUGAAUUGCGGUCCUGCUGGACGGAAGGCAUUGAUUCGAUGGAUAGAAUAUAAUUACGAACUAAAAAAUGAAGAUGAAAAUGGUUACCCACUUGUGAGCGCUUGCAAGGUAUGGCAAAGAAGACAAACAUUCCAAGAUAUUACCUUAUCAGGUCUAGUGGAUUUUCUUAAGUUUCUAAAUAUCCCGAAACAUAUUACAUACAGAACAUUGUUUGAUAAUUACCUUUUUCCCAAGUUUGUGAAUAAACUUAAUUCGAUAGAAAAGUCGCAGAAGUGCCUAAUAAAAUUGGCAAAGAAAAUGAUAUCUAUGUUUGAAGUACGAGAAAUGCAAUCACUAUUCUCUAUACUAUUAGAAAAAAUAAAUGUGAUACCUAUUGGAAUUUUAAAGACUUUAGUAGAUGAAACUCCAUCAGCUAAAUACUUUUACGAAAUAACGUCCAUAAAAGUUAAGAGAAAAAUAUGGGCAUUAUGUCCCUAUAAGUUUUAUGAAGAAAUUGAACCUAUCAUAGAAGAAAUUGUUUUAAGAAUGAAAAUAAACAGUAGACAUGAUUAUACUUCAACUGAACUAAUCAACGAACUUAUCGAAUUAAUAGGAGAACAAGAAGAAAAAACUUUUUUGUAUAAUUUAUGUGUGCACAUUAUACGGUUAAAAUGGGUUCAGGUUAUUAUAAAUGAAAAGGAAAAUUUUUCCUCUGAUUUUAUGGAGGGAAAUAAUAACGUAACAACUUGUGGUGAUAAAGAAGAAGUAAUUAAAACUUAUGAUAAGAAACCAGAAUCUAAAGCAUGUUCGAAUAAUGUAUUAUAUGAAAGAAAAGAAUUCGAUGAGGAUAAACAAUUCAAAAAUGAAUACAACAAUUUGGAGGAUAACUUUUGUUACAUGAACUUGAAUCCCACUCCAUGUCCCAAUUCAUUUGUAAUCAAUUUUGGAGAAAAACUGAAAAAAUUACAAACAAGUUUUAGUAGAAUAAUGAACAAAGAAGAAAAUGUAAAAGAGGAAGAACACUCAUACAUUGAUAGGACAAAGUUGUACGUUAUAAAUCUUACUGAAUAUAGCCACAAUAACACAUCUUUUCAUUAUUUGAAGAAGAAAAAAUUUAUUAAGGUUCAAAAUGAUGUAAUGAAUGAUGUCAAGAGAAUGGACAUAUCUUGCAAUAAUUGUACGCACAAAGGAAAGGAAUUUUUUAGAAAAAACAUGGAUUUUGGAAAACAUAUUUUCAGUGAAAAACAUUGCUACAGCUGUGAAGAAUCCAAAAACGACAGAAAGAGGAGUCUAUCGAAGAUAAGUCAAGAAGAGAAGGAUGUAGUAAAAAGGAUAAAGGUUCACUUUAACAGCUCUAAUGAAAACAAAAAUUUUUCAAAUAGGUAUCCCUCGAAUGAUGGUAAACUACAAAAGGAAGGGAAGAAUGACACAUCCAAAGAUGUAUUAUUGAAUGAAAAGCAUAAUGUUGAUGCAUAUACUAACUCAUUCAAUAAGGGUAGUAUCGAAAAGAAUCUUCCCACAAUUACAAAGACGGACAAAAAUAAUAAUAAUGAUAUGCGAAGUGAUAAAGAUUGCAAUGGUAGAGAAAAUAGUGAGAGUAUAAAUAAUGGAAUCCAAGUUGAAAAGGAAAAAAUAUACAGCGAUAAGCACAAGUGCAAAACGAGCUAUAAUCAAAAUGUGUCCAAAAGGUCAGUACUCCCAUUUGAUGGCAUGUUCUACAGUCACAUACGUCUACUUUUGUGUUUACAGUACAAGGAAAAAUACAACGUGAAAGAUGAUGAGAUGAUGAAAAUAGACAAAUAUUUUUCCAUUAUUGAAUUUAUUAACAGUGUUAUUAAAGAUGGGAUAUUAAAUUUUUCUGAUCAAAUGAAAACACAAGAAAUUAUUAAAAAAAUAAAAAAUAAUUUUAAAAUAAAAAAUAUAGAAGAUCUUUGUGAAUACUCUCUUUUAUUUAAUAAUGUUUUACUAAAAUUAUGCAUUAUUGAAGGCAUCUGUUUUUAUUUUUACAAAAAUAAUUUAGAUACACUAUCCCAUAAAAAUUACAUGAAUUUUUGGACGUCUCUCUUUUAUUUUGGAAUUUACAAUAACUUUUUUUCUUUAAUUAAGUACGCGAUUGACAAGAUGGAACACAAGGACAAGAAAAAAAAGUCGGUUCAACAUUUCCAUUUAAGAGGGAAAGCAUUACCAGGUGAGGACGCAGCAGAUGAUCACUCCUAUGGGGACUUCACUGGGGUGAUCCACCAGAUUCGCCAUGACGAAAGUUCGAAUUUGAGUGAAGAGGGUCGAAGUGAAGAGGGUCGAAGUGAAGAGGGUCGAAGUGAAGAGAGUCGAAGUGAAGAGAGUCGAAGUGAAGAGAGUCGAAGUGAAGAGGAUCUAAGUGAAGAGGGUAGAAGUGAAGAGGGUCGAAGUGAAGAGGGUCGAAGUGAAGAGGAUCUAAGUGAAGAGGAUCUAAGUGAAGAGGGUAGAAGUGAAGAGGAUCUAAGUGAAGAGAGUCGAAGUGAAGAGGAUGGAAGUGAAGAGGGUCGAAGUGAAGAGGAUCUAAGUGAAGAGGAUGGAAGUGAAGAGGAUGGAAGUGAAGAACUGAACCUAAUUGGUCCAAGUGAACUAACUAAUGAAAAAAGGACGGGUUGCCAUAUCUUGGAAAGAUGUAAUAGAAGCUUUGAAUGUGAGAAUAAUUCUAGCACAAAUGGAGAUGAACGAUAUGACGAAAUGCAUGAAUAUCAAGGCCAUCUGGAGAGAUACGACGAAAGCAACGUGUCGGAUGGAGAAUUGAGUGUGGAAAGGAGAAGGGAGGAGCAAGAGAUGGUGUACGAGCGGUAUAGGCGAUGUGAAUAUCGUGAAGUACAAGAGGAGGAAGAAGAAGAAGAAGAGGGAGAAGACGAAUAUGACGAGGAUGGAGAAAGUGAUGAAUACUAUGAAGAUACAGAAAGUGACGAAAUAGACGGCGAAUGCGACAAGAGAGAAGAGGAAAAACACAUUCAGCGCUACAGCCACAGUAAGAGAAAUGAAAAUGGACGUGCGCUUGACUUAAGCAACUGUAAUGACAGUGCCUAUAUAGUGGACACGAGAGGAAGAAAUGAAAAGAAUGAUUUCAAAAAGCACUUGUUCAGAAAGGGGAAUAAGCACACACCGAAGGAAGAGCACACAAGCAGUGCUACACAUACAAUGAAUGAUGAAACUAUAAAUAAAGAAUACAAGUUAUUUUUUAAUGAUUGCAAAGAUAGUUAUUUAAAAAUACCUUUAAUUAAUAUUUUAAAAUAUAUUGUAAUUCCAAAAAACGAAGAGCACAAUUUUCUCUCCUUUUUUGAUUUCUUUGAAGAAGAUAAAAAUGUAGAAAACAUCAAGUCGAAAAAAGAAAAAAACAGUAUCUUAUUAUUAUCUGCCUUGCUAAACAUACCUCAAAUAGAUUACAUUAAAAUAAAAAAUUUUUUCAUAAUUAUUGAUGAAUUUUUUUAUAUGGAAAAGAAGAAUUUACAAAUCUUGUAUCCAACUGUUGCUACAAUGAAUGAGGAAGGAAGUAACAUUUUGGAAAUUAUUAAUGAAACGAGAGGGACCGAGGAAAAUAAAAAAACAGAUGUAUCGAGUGAACUUAUCAGCAAUGCAAACAUAUAUAGCAACUAUGGUAGUAAUGCAGAAAACGUAGAAAACAAUGUAAACAUCACUACAAACAGCAUUAGUUGUUAUACAAAAUUGGAUGCAAAUAAAAAUGAUGCAGCUAUCGAAAUGAACAAUAAAGGAUUAUCUUUUCAGAAUAAGAAUGAAUAUUCAACGAACCAUGAGAAAGACAUAAAAAUGGACAAAUGGAAUGAAGAACAAGCCAGUAUAUCCAUCGAUAUGGGCUCUAGUAAUAAUAUGUCUAGGGUGCUAAGGGGAAAAAAUAUGUUUGAGUGUAUAGGGAAAAAGCUAGUAAAUAAGGUAAAAGAUAUGAAUAAUACAAUAAGCUUAAAUCAGUUUUUAUUAAAAAAUAACAUAACAUUUAUAUGUGCUUAUCAGAGGGAUAUGAGCAGCUUAGAGGCAGGUUCUAAUAGUAACAUGGACACAGAUAAUACAUCUAACAAUGUUGAAAUUGUCAAAGAGAAAAACGAGUCUGAUGCAAUGAACACGGUAAUACAGGUUUACGACAAAAAUCCAGAUCUAGUCGACCAAUGGAGAGGAACUACCUGCUCAAUUAAAUUCUUUUGUGAAAUUUCGAACGAAAUAGUGAGAAAGCUAAAUAAUAAUAAAUGUAUUAGUACCAUUAAUAAACAUCUUCCAUAUAUUUUAAAAAUUUGCUCAAGAACUUUCCAUUUCUUAAGAGAAAAAAAACUAAUAAAUAUAUACGUAAAAUAUAUGUACCUAUAUGAAUACCUAUACCACAUGAUAUUAAACAGAUUACUACAUAUUAGUACAAUGAAGUCUCUUCCAUUUUUGCAAAAUAUUAUAUUAAAAGAAUUGCAUUUUUAUUUUGAACAUUUUAAAAAAAGGAGAGUAAAGAAUCUGUGGAAAUUUUACUUUUAUGCUCAUACACUAAUUGAUAUAAACAAAACGAACAUAAUUAAUAAAUUAUUUCAUAAUAAUGCUAUUGAGUAUUUUGUAAAGCUGUUCUACUCGUUGUCCUUCUACAACCCGGUGUUUUCUGUUCUUUUCCUCAAGCUCAUCGAGACACCUCUGUUUUAUAAGAACAUCGAAGAUAAGAAGGCAGAAAUUUUGCAAAAUAUAUGGAUCGGGACACGUGAAAGAUUUUUUGCAAAUAAUUCCGAAUAUAAGAAAUACACCACCGAGUAUAAAAUUUGGAUCGAUUCGUACAACAAGUUUCUUGAGAAAUAA